AGAGGGUGCCCCUACAAAUCCUGGGGGCUGGAGUGGGCCAGAGCAUCUUUGGGCGGUGGAGUGGAGAGGAGGUGACCCACAGCAGAGGAGUCCCAGUGACCAGCAACCAUGACGGACCAGCAGGCGGAGGCCCGGUCCUACCUCAGCGAGGAGAUGAUCGCUGAGUUCAAGGCUGCCUUUGACAUGUUUGAUGCUGAUGGUGGCGGGGACAUCAGCGUCAAAGAGCUGGGCACCGUCAUGAGGAUGCUGGGCCAGACACCCACCAAAGAGGAGCUGGACGCCAUCAUCGAGGAGGUGGACGAGGACGGCAGCGGCACGAUCGACUUCGAGGAGUUCUUGGUCAUGAUGGUGCGCCAGAUGAAGGAGGACGCCAAGGGCAAGAGCGAGGAGGAGCUGGCCGAGUGCUUCCGCAUCUUCGACCGGAACGCGGACGGCUACAUCGACGCCGAGGAGCUGGCCGAGAUCUUCCGGGCCUCCGGGGAGCACGUGACGGACGAGGAGAUCGACUCCUUGAUGAAAGACGGGGACAAGAACAACGACGGCCGCAUCGACUUCGACGAGUUCCUGAAGAUGAUGGAGGGUGUGCAGUAAGGAGCCGGCCGUCGCCUCCCCGAGACCGCGCGUCCCUCGGGCGCGGGCCGCGCCAUCCCACCGGUCGUCCCUGCCCCACCCGGAGGCGCGGCCCUUCUGGCUGCGUCGGGAGGGAAUAAAAGCACAAGUU